AUGUACAAACAGCUAGAGCCACAGCUCGAGCGAGACGACAUCGAGGAUCCUGAUCCCGAUUUUCACACCAAAAAUUGGCCGCCUCGGCUACUCAAGCCGGCAUCGACACAACCACCAACACCCGAGUCCAAGUCUGAACGUAGCCUCUUUCCACUCUCGCGUUGCGGCUAUGGUCCACAGAACUUCACCUUCCUAGCCUACCCAGAUCCUUAUAUAGGUCUCGGCUUCGAGUGGGGCAAGGUUACCAAGGCUGAACUUGAGACCGAAUCCGAGCAGCGUUACCAGCAGCUGAUGCUCAUCUGGCACCCGGACAAUGCAAACGUCACUGGAUUGGAUAGCUGGCAACACCUCCAUAUUGAGACGAAGAUCACAAGGAUGUACAACUCAUUGAAGCGUGAUAUCAAAUACAUGGAAUUGGUUCAAUAUCAUCGACCGGCAUAA